AUGAUUGAAACCCAAUUAGCUCAACUUGCUAAUACCAUUAAGGAACAUCAUUCGCAUACUAGUCUCCCACCCCAAAGUCAAGUUCCAAAGAAAAUGAAUGCCAUAGUGACAAGGAGUGGGAGGAUUUUAGAUGAUGUUCUUAGAGCUAAUAAGGUUUCUAAGUCCAAUGGGAAGAAUCAAAAGGGAGUCAUUGAGUCUAGCGACAAUGAUGCGAUAGAAGAGGAGCCUCCCAUCGAUGAUGUGUGUGAUACUCCUAUGCCAAAAGAGGCAACUCUUCUACCUCUCUCCACUCCUAAACUUCCCUAUCCCCAAAGAUUCAUAAGGCACAAGUUAGAUGUGCAAUUCUCCAAAUUCCUUGAUGUUCUUCGAAAAUUGCAUAUCACUAUCUCCUUUACGGAUGCGUUGAAACAAAUGCCAACCUACUCAAGAUUUCUUAAGGAAAUCUUGAGUGGGAAGCGAGAUUGUGACGUAAAGGAGACGGUGAAUCUCACCGAAAAUUGUAGUGCUAUUAUUCUUAACCAAAUGCCACCCAAACUCAAAGACCCGGGUAGUUUUUCUAUCCCUUGUGCUAUUAAGAUGCUAGAAAUAAGCAAUGCUUGUGUGAUUUGGGUGCUAGUGUUAGUCUAA